CCACAUCUCCAUCCCGGUUACCACACUGACACGCUUGUGGCUCUGCAUCACUCUGUGGCCAACAUACAAAUCUAAGCCUCUGUUUAAUUCCCUCUGGAAACAGACAAUUUUUAUUUUUGUUGUAAGUCCACUUUCACACUAAACUUGAGUUUCUCGCCUUCCCUUAUAAAAAAGCCUUUCACCGAACAAUUUUCAUAAUCAUACCUUGGUUUAAAAAUUUUCAACAUCAAAAAAUAUACUCUGCCUCUGAUCAUGUCUGCACAAUGGCUUAGUUUAGUAGCUACUAUAUGGCUUCAAUCUGUAAGUGGCACCAGCACGAACUUUCCAGCCUACUCUUCGCAACUUAAGCGCCUUCUCAACAUUUCACAAGUUGAGCUCAAUAACUUAGCGUUUGCUUCUGAUGCGGGGAAAAUCCUUGCAUGGUUCUCUGGCGUGGCUGCAGCUCAUCUUCCAUUAUGGCUUGUACUCCUGAUCGGUUCUUUAAUCGGGAUGAUUGGUUAUGGCGUGCAAUAUUUCUUACUAACUAACUUGCAUGAUCAAAGCUCAACACCAUAUUGGCUUGUCUUUUUAUUAACUGUUUUAGCAGGGAAUAGCAUUUGCUGGAUUAACACCGUGUGCUAUGUUCUUACUAUUCAGAGUUUUCCUCUGGAUAUGCAACUUGCUUUGGGAUUAUCCACUAGCUAUCAAGGCCUAAGUGCAAAGAUUUAUGCAGAUGUUAUUGAUGUCGUGUACGCUAAUUCUUCAUCUGCUGAUAAGGCAAGAGGAUAUCUUUUGGUAAAUUCUGCUUUGCCUUUUCUAGUGUGCAUAAUUGUCGCGCCUUUAGUGGCUAGAUCAUCAAAUGUUGAUGAUCCGCGUAGUCCUAGGGGCGGAUCACCGUUUUCUUGCAGCAGAAAAUUAUCAUCUGGAUUUAUUGUAAUGUUUUUGAUAACCAUAGUUACCGGGACUUAUGCAGUGAUCACUAGUAGUCUAGGCGUUUCGACAUCAUCUGGUAGAUCAUCUCAGUUGUUUAUACUGACUGGUAUCGUACUUUUAGUUGUCGUGUGCCCGCUCCUGGUUCCUCUGGUGGAGAAAAUCAGAGAAACUGUGCAGCACAAGUGUUGGAUCAGGCAGCACAAGGUGUGUAGCGUUUUGACAGAUGAAAGUGUUAACGAAGCACCUACAAAUUUGGAAAAUGGUGAAGUGAAAAAAGAGGGAGAAAUCAGUCAGGGUGCAGAGGAAGAGCAGAUUGGACCCAAGUUGAUGCUCAAGAAGGUGGAUUUUUGGUUAUAUUUUUUCGUUUAUUUGUUUGGUGCAACACUGGGGCUAGUUUUUCUCAACAAUCUGGGACAAGUAGUGGAGUCCCGGGGUCAAUCCAGGACUUCUACUCUGGUCUCUCUCUCGUCUUCAUUUAGCUUCUUCGGCCGUCUCCUCCCGUCUCUACUCGACUACUUCCUCGCCAGGACAAAGUACAUGAGCUCGAGAGCGGGCGCGAUGGCGAUGAUGAUGGCGCCGAUGAGCGGAGCAUUUUUCAUGCUACUGAUAAACAACAACAUCUCCCUGUACAUCAGUACAGCCAUAAUAAGUGUGUCAACCGGAGCUAUUUCGACUAUUUCGGUGUCAACCACUAGAGAGCUCUUCGGAGCCAAAGAUUUCGGAAUAAACCACAACAUAUUAAUCAUCAACAUCCCCGUCGGAUCUUUCAUAUUCGGCAACUCGGCGGCGGUGCUGUACCGGAGAAACAGCUACGGUGGCAAGUGCAUGGGCAUGACAUGCUACCAAACAAGUUUUAUGAUAUGGGGCUCACUUUGUUGCUUAGGGAGUUUGUUGGCUUUAAUUCUACACUCGCGAACCAAGAAGUUGCACUCAUGCAAUAAUUAACUCUAAUUAUUCUACACUUGCAAGCUAAUAAGUUGUACACGGAUGCUGUUUUUUUAAAUACAGUGGUUUAACUUUUUGACU